AAUCUCAUUCCCCCGAUGGGCCGAAAGAAGCGCAGCCCCCCACCAAACCCUACUCCGCCCCAGCCCCCGCCCGCCGGCGCCCUCCUCCGGCUGCCCGAUGCGGCGGCGGCGUCGGCGGGGGGCGGCGACAUCGCCGCCGUGCGCGCCGACUGCGACAAGGCCCUCGCCUGCCUCCAGCGGGGCAACCAGCCCAAGGCGCUGCGGCUCAUGAAGGAAGCCCUCGCCCGCCACGGCGACGGAUCGCCGCUCCUCCUCCGCGCGCAGGGCACCGUGCACGCCCGCGCCGCCGCCGUCCUCACCGACCCCGCCGCCCGCGCCCGCCACCACCGGGCCGCGCUCCAGGCCGCCAGCCGCGCCGUCGACCUCGCGCCGGACUCCGUCGAGCUCGCACACUUCCGCGCCAUGCUCCUCUACGAGGCCGCCUCCGAUAACCGCUCCUACGAGGACGUCGUUGCCGAGUGCGAGCGCGGCCUCGGCAUCGAGUCGCCCUCCGACCCGGCACCCCACUCCCUCAGGGUGCCGCCCCCCGAGCCCGAGCAGGUCCAAGCCGAGCUCCGCAACCUGGUGCAGAAGGCCCAUCUCUCGUCCCUAUCCACCUGGGUCAAGACCCUUGGAGGCACUGGGGACGAUAAGCUGGGGUUUUUCCGCCUGGCUGACGACCCCACGGAGCUCCAUCUCCUCCCUGCGGCGCCAGCCCCGCGUCGACCCAACGAGCUGAAGAAGGCUACAAAGACCCCUGAGGAACGACGCAAGGAGGUCGAGGUGCAGGUCGCUGCGAUGAGGCUACUGGAGCAGCAGCAGCUGCAGCACAAUGCUGCUGCUGCCUCCUCCUCCUCCUCGCCACCACAGUCACAGGGAGACGAAGCCCCAUCAUCAUCAUCAUCUCAGUCAAUAGCUGGGCAUCGUGUUGAUCGGAGAAAGGGAGGGUCCAAAAAGACAACUGUCUCAUCGGCAUCCAACCGCAUGGAUCAGGUGCGUGCGUUCUGGGUCACUAUGCCCAUAGAACAGAGGCUAGCGUUCUUGAACAUUAGCAUUUCUGAGCUUAAGUCACACUAUGAUACCGCAACGGAAAAGGAGAAAGAUGUUGCUACUGCAGCAUCUGCUGUGCUUAAUGAGGUGCUGGAGUUUGUCACUGAGAAUGGGGAUUGGCAGUUCUGGGCAUGUGGCGUGUGUGAGGAGCGGUAUGCAGAUCUGCAGCAUACGUUGCGGGAGCAUGUGGGUGUACUACCACCUCAGCUGCAGGAGAUGGUGCCACAGUUGAUUGAUGCUGACUGGGCAGCAAUGCUCACUAGUUCGAUCUGGAAGCCGGUGGAUGUUGCUGCAGCACUCAAAGUGCUUGAGGAAGAGCAAGCAGACAAUAUUGGCCCAGAUAGGGACAAGGAUUCAAUGUCGUCGGAUAAUUGGAGUAUCAAAGACAAAUCAGACACAUCAGAAUCCUCAGCCUCACCACACAAUGAAGAGUGUGAUAGUUUUGGAGCGGCGAUGAGGGAAGGUGCCCGGAAGUGGCCGCUUUCUGAUGAUGAUGAAAGAGCGAAGAUUCUGGAGAGGAUCCAUUCGUUGUUCCAAAUACUCGUGAAGUACAAAAAUAUUUCAGUGGGCCAUCUGAACAGGGUGAUACACUUUGCUAUGGAGGAACUUAGAGGGAUGCCUUCUGGGUCAUUGCUUCUUAACCACUCUAUUGAUGAGUCACCGCUCUGCAUUUGCUUCUUGGAGGCCCCAUCACUGCGUAAGGUUCUCAAAUUCUUGCAGGACCUAACUCAGUCCUGUGGGCUUAAUAGAUGCUCAGAGAAGGAUGGUGAACUAGGUGAUGAGGAUUGUUUCCGGAAAAAUCACGAUGUCCUGCAGAAAGUUACACUAGACUCUGGUUCGUCAAAGCUGAUCCUUGAUAGCCAGGUAUUUGGCGGGAAGUCUGGUCCUGAGAAUGCUGAUACUGAUGAAUUCAUUUCGUGGUUGUAUGCUGGAUCUCCGAUUGGAGAUCAGCUAUCAGAAUGGACUUGUAAGCUUGAAGAGAGGUCAAAUCAGGGGGUGCAAGUUCUUCAGAUGCUCGAGAAGGAGUUUGCUGUCUUGAAACACUGUUGUGAACGGAAGCAUGAACAGUUGAGCAAUGAGGAGGGUGUGCUUGCUGUGGAAAAUAUUUUACUUGAGGAGCAAAGGCAAAGGGACUGUCUGGGGCGGUAUUCGUAUCAAGGAUAUGAGGAGCUCCUGAAGAAGCGUCAUGAUGAGUUGUCGAAUCUUAAUGCCGAGCAGCUUCUUACUUACAGAUCUGAGUUAGAUGCAAUCUCAACUGCCCUAAAGGAAGUUUGCACCUCGCCCUUUGGGUAUGAUGAAGGUUUUUCUGGGAUGACCUCGCGUCUGUGUGACUUUGACGGGGCGGAAGUAAGCGAUUGGAGGUUGCAUGACUUUGUGCAUCCAAAUGAUUCAGUGGUGCAGACGGCUGUUUUGAAGCUGAAAGAACAAAUUGCUAUGGAGCUUAGCAAGUUAGAUGCUAGGAUCAUGCGAAGUGUAGCUGUGAUGCAGCAGCUGGAUCUCAAACUUGCACCGGCUUCUUUCCUUGAUUACCGAACAAUUUUCCUCCCCCUCUUGAAAUCGUUCUUGCGAAGCCGUCUGGAAGAGCUCAUGGACAAGGAUGCUAGAGAGAAAUCUGAUGCUGCAAGAGAAGCCUUCCUGGCUGAACUUGCUUUGGAUGCGGAGAAGAAUGCAAACAAAGGGGGUGACAAAAAACUAUCUAAUGAGAAAUCGAAGGACAAGAAAAAAAUGAAGGAUUCUCGGAGAUAUAAGGACCUCAAGGAUAUGAGCUGGAGUGAUCAAUACAUUGUUCGCCCGAACAGCGUUGAUGAGGAAACAUCAGAGCAAUCUCAGACUCUUGUUGAUUGUGAUGACUUCGACCACAAACUUUCAAUAUGCAAUGGACACUCAAAUGAACAAGAGGAAGAGCUUAGGCGGAGAGCACAACUUGAAGCAGAGGAAAGAAAACUGGAGGAAACUUUGGAGUACCAAAGAAGGAUAGAGGAGGAGGCUAAGCAGAGGCAUCUUGCAGAACAAUCUAGAAGUUCUUCAGCAGCUUCUGAUGUUGGGAUAGCUGUUUAUUCCAUUGAUGUAAAUUUAAGCAUGGAUUCGGAUGCACCCAAUAACAUCUCACCCGGUUAUCUUGAAGACAUAAAGUUUGGUGAUUUUCGCUUUUCUCAAGUUGCUCCGCAGGAGAAUAGUUCUACUUCCAAAUUUGGUGAUAUGGACCUGCUUCAAAAGGUUGAGGAUAAUCGCAGGGAGAAACCAAAUGGAUCUCCUGGAGCACAUUCAUUUACCGGCAGCAACAUGGACCUUACUAAACCAACACUGAAAAUGAACGGAGUUGGAAAUUAUCCACAUCAUACUAAACGUCCAACUAAUCCCGUCAUCCAAAGGUCUAAGAGUGGUACUAGCCAACCACAUAAGAAAUGCAUCCAAGGCGCUGUCCAUGAUGGUGGUGAUAGUGCAUCUUGUCAGCAGAAUGGUACGAUGGCUCCAAGAUGGAGCAGUUCUUUGUUGUCUUCAAGUGAUCCAUGGAAUGGCAAUAAGGCUGAGAAAGUUGACAGUGGCGUAAUCACACCAGCAACUGUAUGUAUUGAGGAUGAUUCUGACAAAAGGUUCCAAGAAGACCUCAGAAAAGCCGUGAGCCAAAGCCUUGCAGGUACUUCAAAUGGGAAAGAUGUCCACGGGGCUGGCUUAAAAAAUGCCGCUGGUGAAUACAAUUGUUUUUUGAAUGUGAUUAUCCAGUCAUUAUGGCAUUUGAGACGGUUUCGACAUGAGUUCCUUAAAACAUCAUCACAGCAUAAGCAUAUUGAAGAUCCUUGUGCUGUAUGUGCAUUAUAUGACAUCUUCAUUGACUUGAGCAAAGCAUCCAAGGGGCAAGGAGAGCCUGUUGCACCUACUUCUCUGAGGAUAGCUUUGAGCAAAUCCUAUCCGAACAACAGGUUCUUUCAGGAGGGACAAAUGAAUGAUGCAUCUGAGGUAUUGGGGGUGAUUUUUGAGUGCUUGCAUAAGUCGUACACUUGUCUGGUUGACAGCCAUGCUAAAUCUCAUGAGAGCAAUUCUAUCGGCUCAUGGGAUUGUGCAAACAAUUCUUGCAUUGCACAUCAUCUUUUUGGGAUGGAUGUCUAUGAACGGAUGAACUGCCACAAUUGUGGAUUAGAGUCUAGGCGACUUAAAUACACCUCAUUCUUCCACAAUAUCAAUGCUAGUUCACUUCGUACUGCAAAGAUGAUGUGUCCAGAUCCAUUUGACGAUCUUUUGAAGACGGUGAUAAUGAAUGAUCAGCUAGCUUGUGAUCCUGAUGUUGGCGGUUGUGGAAAACCAAACCAUAUACACCACAUUCUUUCUAGGUCUCCUCAUGUUUUUACUGUUGUUCUGGGAUGGCAGAACAGCAAAGAGAGUGUUGAUGACAUAUCUGCAACUUUGGCUGGUAUUUCGACUGAGAUAGACAUUAGUGUUUUCUACCGUGGUCUAGAUCAAGGAACCAAACAUUCUCUGGUAUCAGUGGUUUGUUACUACGGGCAGCAUUAUCAUUGCUUUGCUUUCGAGGAUGAGCAUUGGGUCAUGUAUGAUGACCAGACUGUUAAGAUUAUUGGUGACUGGGCUGAUGUUCUAAUUAUGUGCGAGAAAGGUCACUUACAACCUCAAGUACUCUUAUUUGAAGCUGCAAAUUAAUUUGCUUCAGGUUAAGGGUGCUGUGCUGUCGUUAACAAGUGUUAUGAGAUAUAGGUCUUUCCUUGUGGCUGGCUGUGAAGAUUAGAUAGAAAUACAAAAUUUGUUUUGAGCUAUGGGGAUGAGGAUAAUGCGGUAAUUCAGGUGUUGCACUGGUCUGUUGGUUCUGUUGCAGACUCAUCUUAAAAUAAAUGGUGAUCUAAGCAUUACUGGAAGGAGAAAAGUGGCGAUGAUAACUGAGCCUUAUCCUGUCAGUACGAUUUUGCCGUAGAGGACUAGAGGUGGUUAUUCGAUCAUGCGACUGAGGCGUUUCCAGCCAUCAAAUUUUAUGACUACAUUGGAGGCUUAUCCAUAUGCAUCAAUGAUGUACAGUUUUUUGCACCUAGAAUGCCGUUAUACUGAGUUGUUGUGACCAUUGGAAAAUUUGAAGAAGAAAUCAUUGACCUGGUCCCGACAGUAUUGGGUGUGAAUUUUGUCUCCAGGAAUUUUAUGAAGUCACGUUGUGCUCGUGUUA